UCUUACGCCCCGACUCUUGCUGUGUUCUACAAGUACGGCGCAGGGCCGCAUAUUCCGCUCUGCUACGACUUGCGCGCUCGGCAUACAUUCACCCAUGACCGGCCCCACUCAUCCCGAACCCUUCGGGGCGUCCGAUACCGCAUCUGUGGAUCGGGAAUAAGCUCCGGAUUUGAUUCCGAUAAUUCCAACAGCCGACCCGACGACAACUCAACAUGAACCGGACACCACACUCCCCCGCCCUUUGAAACUCAAUUUCCGAGGCGCCGCUGUUCCGAAUCUCCCCAGUCCUUUUCUCGAUCCGACCGCGCCCGGGGAGCAGCUUCAAUGGCGGCCAACAUGACCGUGCAGACACCAGCCGCGACCUCGGCCUCGGGGCAACAACCACCACCACCAACUCAGCCCCAAACAACGACGUCCAAUAAAAAUUACAAGGGCUUCGUAGCAGGCGUCUUCUCAGGCAUAGCCAAACUAUCUGUCGGUCACCCCUUCGACACGAUCAAGGUCCGCCUCCAGACGACCAACGCGAACCGCUUCUCGGGCCCGCUGCAGUGCCUGACCCAGACGCUCCGCAACGAGGGCCUCUUCGGCCUGUACAAGGGCGCGACGCCGCCGCUAGUGGGGUGGAUGUUCAUGGACAGCGUCAUGCUCGGCUCGCUGUCCGUCUACCGGCGGCUGCUCCGCGACCACGUCUUCUCGCCGCACCCCCCGCCGGGCCACCCGCCGCCGCCGCUGCCCGCGCACGGCCACGGGCUCGCCGGCAUCCUGGCCGGCGCCACCGUCAGCUUCGUCGCCGCCCCCGUCGAGCACAUCAAGGCGCGCCUGCAGAUCCAGUACGCCGCCCGCAAGAGCGACCGCCUCUACAGCGGGCCGCUGGACUGCCUGGCCAAGAUAUGGCGCCACCACGGCAUCCGCGGCGUCUACCACGGCCUGCAGGCCACCCUGCUCUUCCGCAGCUUCUUCUUCUUCUGGUGGGGCAGCUACGACCUCUUCUCGCGCUGGAUGCGGCAGCACACCAGCCUGAGCGCCCCGGUCAUCAACUUCUGGGCCGGCGGCCUGAGCGCCCAGGUCUUCUGGGUCAUGAGCUACCCCAGCGACGUGGUCAAGCAGCGCAUCAUGACGGAUCCGCUCGGCGGCGGGCUCAACGACGGCGUCAGGAGGUUCCCCCGGUGGAAGGACGCCGCCAAGGCCGUCUACAGGGAGAGCGGCGCCAUGGGCUACUGGCGCGGCUUCCUGCCUUGCUUCCUCAGGGCUUUCCCCGCAAACGCCAUGGCCCUGGUUGCCUUUGAGGCCGCCAUGCGGGCGCUACCCGAGUGAUGACCGGCCCUGGCCCAUACUUUCGUUUAAAG